AUGGCCGGCAAUCUCGAAGCUCAAGCCGACUCUGUUCACGGCCUUCUGGAUGAUAUUCACGCGCUGAAUGAUCGGGUUGCAUGUCUCUUGGCUGAUCUGGAAGAUCUCCGGCUCCAGAACUUGUGUCUACUCAGAGACCUUGCUGCGAAGAAUGCUCUGGCCACAACUCUGUCUGCGCGCCUCCAUGUCCUUGUCAAGCAGCGCAACGCGAUCCGUGCACAACGAGUCCGUGCACAAAAGCGACUGAAGGCCGCUGUAGCUGCGAAAAAAGAAGCAGAGAAGCUAUCCCGUCGUUCUCACAACUUUCGGCUGAAACACAAAGGAAUACACACGGACCGGACCCGUUCUCUUGCCCGGAAGCUUGUUUCCAAAUGCAAAGUUCCGAUGCAUCGUGUGAAUGAUGUUGUGCAUGCAGUUGCAGAUGAGCUUGAUAUCACGGUUCUCAGGGAUAUCAGCCGCCGAACUGUUCAGCGGGCUGUUCGCGAAGGUGGAAUAGCUUCCAAAAUUCAGAUAACCAAUGCAUUGCAUGAUGCGGAUGGCAUCACUCUGAGUGGCGAUGGGACAACACAUCGCCAUGUAAACUAUGUGUCAAAAUGUGCCAUCACGACACAGUUCACACCUUCGCCAGCUCUACUGGAUCCGGACACUGAAUCACUGGAUACGCAAUCUUUGGGAACCUACACUACGCGACACUGGUUUCUUGGCAUCAGCUCUGCUGGGUCUCAUACUUCUCAGGCACAACAUGAUGGCUGGAUUAGCUCACUUGAGUCUAUGCACGCAAUUCAGAACAGUCGACCAUCUGCACAGUCUGCUCCGAAGAAGCUUGUGGUUCGGGAUCUUGCUCAGGUGCUCUUCGGUUAUGCUUGCGACCACUCUAAUGAUCAGUUUUCUCUGGUCAACCGUUGGAAAGAUUGGAAAGAAGUAAACUCCCGCUUGAGUCUCGGCGAGAGUGUAUUUCUGAACAAGUCAACGGAUAACUUCACUGCAUCAGUUAUGGAAUUACUCAAUGCCAAGAUCGCGCGUGCUGGUGGCUGGGAGGCUUGGAAAACUCUAUCGCCGAUGGAACAGGCAAAGCACGACACAGAUGUGUUCCGGGAGAUGUGUCUCUACCUUGGUACUGGUGCAUAUGAUGCUCUCUCACCGGAAGAUAGGACCGGUCUCGACUUUUUCGCUCGUGCAGGAUGCUGUAUGCAUAAGGAACUCAACACUUUUAAGGGUGGGAAUGCAGCUAUGAUGGCGAUGUGGGCAGCUCGUGGACUCGAGCCGCCGAUGAAGCUGUUGAAUGUCUUCAAUGCCGCAUCUGCUUCAACAGGUUCCGCAGCUGACCGUCAACGCGCCAUUGACUCGUCAACCUCCGGCGGUGUGAAGCUCGUACAACUCUGUGGGGCUCUGUUCAAUCACAAGGACGACAAGAAGGGAUAUCACGACACUUUUAGCUGGUGGCUCGAGGCUCGCUCUGGCUAUCGACUAGUCUUUCCGGAUACUAGCAACACUCGUUAUGGCUCCUACGGUGAUGGCGCAGGAUUCUGUUUGUGGAAACGGCACGCAAUCUCGACGGUACUUGAUGAGCUGCGGGACACCAAGGGCAGCCGUACAUUCACGAACCUGGAGAAGAAUGUUUACUACGCACUUCAGGAUGUUCCGACACUGACUGAACUCGCUGUUGAGGCUUUGUACUAUCAAGGUAUAUCUGUGCCUUACAUGCAACAUGUUCGCGGAGCUGCUACUCGAGACGGCGCAUAUAUGAAGUCACCUCGACUUGGGCCCGUUCCACGACGAAGUCAUCGCACAUAUCCGCAAGAUCAUUGCUGA